AUGGAUUGGAAACAUCUUUUAUCACUUUCUCCGCACAAUUUGGACGACGUGCGUAAGGAUGGUGCCGCAAUUGAAAUAGCGAAUUUGUCCACGGAGCAAAAGUUGGAUAGUCGAAGCUGCAAAAAGCUGUUCCGCUUGGCUCAGGUGGCGUUGAAAUUUCGCAAUGAACAGGUGAAACAUCUCCAACAGAAGCUGGUUGAGGGUAAAGACGAUUUUGGCAGCCAGGAGCGCAUUAAGGAAUGGAAACGUACCAUUGAAAAACUCGAAAUGGAGCGGCACACACUUCGCACGAAGUUGAAGGAAACGACGGAAGAAAACGCUAAACUGCAGUCGAAAUUCAACGCUGGAGUGCAGUUCGGAAGCGAGGGUGAAGAUUCACCAGAUGCGUUAUCUGAAAUCGAACGACAACAGGAGCUCUACAAUAAUAUCAGUAUGAAGAACAAACAUAUAAAACGAUUGCUUCGGGAUAUCGACGAUUUGGAGAAGAGAAGUAGUUUCCAGGUCGAUACCAUUAACGGGCUGCAGUUGAGUUUAAAUGACGCCACGCUGAGCUUAACCGCCCUAACGCACCAGUACGAGGAACUGCAGGCUCGCUGCAAGGAGCAGCAAGAGUCAAUACUAAAGAUGAACGAAAAAAUUGUCCUGAUGGAGAGCGAAAUUACAACCAUUUGCGAGGAGAAGGAAAAUUUACUGAAGGAGCUCAACAGUGCCAGACGGCAGCACGACGAUCAGAUCGCCGAGUGGGAAGAUCAGUUCGACGAGCGGGAGAAAGAGUUAAAUCAGCUAAAGGAUCGAUACGACGACCUGCUGAGCCAGUUUCCGGGCAUCGACAUUGAGGCGGAACGUAGGGAGUACAAAUUGAUGUCCGAAAAGUUGCAGUCGAAGGAUGAUUUGAUUGUCGAUUUGGAGCAGAAAAUACUGACCCUCUCGCAAGAAAUGUAUCGCUCGACGGAAGUGAUGAAUCGCAUCAGCGAAGAGAAACUGCGCGCAUGUAAGGAAAAGUCGAAGGAAAGCCAUUGCUGUUUAGAAUUUCGAGCCCAGCUGGAAAAGGCAAACGAACGGUGCCGCGAGAUGCAAGAAAUCUUGACGGGUGUCGAGGAGGACAAUCGUUUGAAGUCCCGGCAGGCGGUGGAAGCGAUUGAAGCACUGCGGCGGUACGAAAAUGGUGAGGAAGGGUUGGCUAGUACGCUGAGAAAAAACGUUCGUCUGCAGGAAAAGGUGGCCUCACGGGACAAACAAAUCCGAGAGUUGAUCGCGGAGAUAAAUUUGGCUAAUGAUAUUGCCAUAGAAAAUGCGGUGUUGCGCAAACGUUUGGGUCUUGAUGAUGACGAAGUUGUCGCCACGAGUUCUAUUUUAGCUAGACAAAAGAAAAUAGCUAAAGUCAACGAGCGUCUCGCAUUGAAAUUACGAGCAUCGGAAGAGAUGAGGUUGCAGUUAAAGUUGGAGAAAAAUGACCUCAAACGAAAAUUGGCAGCCGUCACUCAACAAACCCAGAAAGUUCAAGCCAGUAAAGAGGAAGGAUCGGAUACCUCGAACGUACCCCAAGAUCAAUUGGAUGCCAUCGAUGUAAUUUCUUCCAUUCACGACCCUAGUGCCAUUAAAUUUUGCGAAUCGUGCACGAAACAAUACAACAUCUACGACAGCAUGAAACACUGUAGGGCAUGUAGUUUUCGGCACAACUUCAACUACUGCGACAAGUGUGUGGGACAGUUGAAAAUGAAUUUCGACGAUGGACAACCGAUCAACCAACCAACCGACAAGAGUCGCGAUCGCUUGGAGGAGCUCGAACGGCAGUAUCUCACGGUGUUGGAGGAAAAUGAAAAUCUUCGCAUGGGGAUGCACGAAAUCCUGGAGAAACUACGCGAGUAUGAUGCAAUGUCCGAUCAGUUAACGAUCGACCGAACUAUGUUGGAGAAGCUACUGAACGCGCUGAAUGUACGGCCAGCCUCUGGCUGGUACCAGACGACGGGGAUGCGAUUGCAGGGUGAUCUGCUAAGCGCACAGGAAAGUGAUCUCUUAUUGAAGGAUCGCUUAGCCAUGGAUGACACCCCUGCCGAUGGAAGAAAAAGUAAAAGCAUCCAGUCGACGGAGAGCGUGAACGAUUCUGGUAAUGUGUGCAACGAAGACGACAAUUCUGAACCAAUUGACCCCUUGCCCGGACCGGAACAGUUGGACUUUAGUGAGCAGGUCCUGCUGAAAGCGGUGGAAAUCGACCGGUUGACGGAAACGCUCGAGCAGUUGAGGUCGGAAAAUGGACGCCUGGUGGCGGCACAGGACGAGCUGCAGGUGACACAGAAGUUGUACAACGAACUACUUAACAUUACCAGAGCGUCCGAGAAUGAGAAAGACCGCUUGCUGGUGGAAACUGUCGAUAGGUUGAAGGACAUCGAGUCUACGGUGUGCAUUUUCCAACGAAAGGUGGAUUAUCUUAAAACCGAUAACGAUAACCUUCAUAAUACGCUGCGUUCAAUUAAGGGUGAAUAUUUAAACUUACUACACGAUUUACGGUUGGAGUUGGUGCAAAAGAAAAAUAAUCUUGAUCCGCUGGAACCACCGGAUGUAACCGGUGGAGACUCCCUCGACUCUACCGAUUUACCUCAAAUCGAGAAAUUGGAAAGUGAAGUGGCCCGUUUGAAGCUUGAGGCGACCAACUUUUACACGAUUUUUCUCAAGAAUAUCGCAGAAGUGGAUAAGGACCAGCAGCUUGAUGUGGAUUACGCCAAGUUAAAUCAGUUUGGCUUGGUGGACACUAAUCUGUCCGUGGAGUUUAUCACCAAAGAUGAGUAUAGGAGAAUACGCGAAAGGCUAGACAAGCUGGAACGUGAACUGCAGCGUGAGAUAGUCAAGAAUGGCCAUCUGGAGGAACUGUUGCAGGUUUCCAACGAGCAGAUUCGUUCGCAGCAGUCGCUUAUAUCCAAAUACUCUGAGGAUGAAGUAAGCCUGCGUCAUCUGGUCGUCGAUCUGCAGAGUGCUUCCAAUGAAAAAUAUUUAUUGGCACGGGCGCACAAAGAGCUAGACGUUGUUCGAGAGCAGGAAGAAAACUUAAAGCUGGAAAAUGGCAAAAUGAAACAAAAGUUUCUUCAAACGCUGGAACAGUUAGAUUUACUCAAGCAACGGCUCGAAGACCAAAAGCAGGAGUUUGAUGCACGUGUGAAGGAUAAUGUUUUGAAAAUAAGAUUUUUGAAAAAAAGCUUACAACAAUUGACUACCAACUAUAGCACGUGUGCUCCAACAUUUGCCAUCACGGAUUUUAUAAAAAUGUAUACACACGUGCUGGAAAUACGUCACAAUUUGGCUGCGGAUAGAACCAAACAGACAGACCAAUGGCGUGAUGCCGAGUACGAACGAAUAUUCGCAAAGUUGCAGUCCAACAUGGAAGGGAACAAUAUACAGGACAAGAUCAAUCUCAUCAAAUACGAAAGUCAAAGCGAGUAUCUCACGAGGCAGCUUAUCUUCUAUCAGGAGCAGGUGGAUCAGUUACAAUCUGAGAACAAGCAAUUGCGGUUACAAGAAAUAGAAAACACCCGCCACUGGGAUACGCUAGAGGUACUAUUCGGAGAGGACGCCAAAAAGUGCCGCAAGGAUAAGGACCGUUUCUUUGACAAGGAGGUACAGGUUUCUGUAGAGACGUCUUCAAAGUGUAUCAACACGAUACCAAUAAUCGAGGAAGUACCGGGGGAUUAUGUGCCGCGUAUAAUGAGAUCCUCGUCAAGCGAUACAAUUCACGGCGGUGACGAUAAAAACAACGAGACUCAACCCGCAGUAAACGUAGAUGGAGAUGAAACACCUGUUGCCAUUCCCACUUUUGCUCAAAAAUCGUUGGAAUCUCAACUCAAACAGGCCAUGAUGUUGGCCUCCACCCGUAGUGCACUGCUAUUAGAAGCGGAGAGCCGCCUCUCGGAAUGUCAGGGUAGGAUAAAAUUACUGGAGAAAUCGCUCGAGGAAAAGGAAAGCUUACUGAAGAAACAGGCCCAAGCUGCUAGCACCUCCAAGCAAGAUCACGUAGAGGACAGCAUUCUGAGCUCUACUAUAGGAUCGUUACAGAAUCUGCUACUGGAGAAGGAUACAACGCUCUCCCGGUAUCAGGAGCUGUUGAAAUCCGAACGAACCGAGCAUUCGCAGGUGUAUGACGAAAAUAUGACCCAAAUCAGAGGGCUCAAGAAGACGAUUGACGAAUUGGAGCAAAAACUAUAUGAGAAGCAGAAGGAGUUCGAUAAUGUGACCACCCAGCUGAACGAUAUGAACCGGUUGAAAGCGCUGCAGGAGAACGUACCAGAAAAACAGAAAAAUGACGAUGAUGCAGCAAGCCGCCACCCGGAACCGGAUGCUAUAGUGUACACAGAUAAAAUUAUUGAAAACAUCUACGAGAUCGAUGAAAAGAAGGAGCGCGAAAUAGAGGAGCUACGCGUGCAAGUCAACCUGCUCGAGAGUAGUUUGCAGGAGUCGGAAAAGGAGCAGAAACGUUUGCAGCUACAGUUGCGCGAAUCCUGCGUUCGGGAGAAAAAAUCCGAAAAGAUGCUGCGCGAGAAGGAGUCUGAACUGACGGCACUGAACGAGCGUAUCUCGAAGGAGGCGAAUGAUCUGCGCGAGUUUACCGAAUCGAUCGCUAGCGCACAGGAAAUUGAACAGCUGAAGGAGAUGCUCGAGGAGAAGGAUCGCCACAUACAGGAUCUGACCGAAACGUUGACGCAGUUCCACGAGGAUCAGCGCAACUUUAUGAACGACACGUCGCUCCACUCGGCGGAACAGGUUUCCCAAUUGAGUGCCGAUCUGAAUCGAAGCGAGGCGAGCAAUCGGGUGCUGAAAACGCAAAUCGAGGCGUUGAAGCGGCAAAUAGUAAGCAUCCAGCAGCGGGAAAAGCAAUCCCGUGAGCUGGUAAAAACGCUCAAGAAUCAGCUCAUCAAGCGGCCGGUUAUCGCGAUGAAAGCGGAUCGCUUGCCGACACCACGGGAGGAUCAACUGGCACGUCGUGUGCAGCAGCUCGAAACGGAACUGAUCGACACGAAGGACGAGCUACGCAAGCAGACGGCAAUCAAUGAGAAUCGCCGGGCAAAGACGGCCGCCGAGCUAGAUCUGUGGAACAAGCAGAAACGCUGGCAGCAGAUGGCAGAACGCUUGAAGGUUCAGCUGAAGGAGCGGGAGCUGGAGCUGGAGAAGCUAAAGGUACACUUCAACACCGCCAAAACGACCAUUGCCAGAAUGGAACGAGAUCGGCCACGGGGUGCGGUAAACAGUGGUGCCGGCGGUGGAGGAAUGGGUGCACGUAGUGGAUCCGUUUCGGGUGGCGAUGUGCUGCUGGAGCACAAAUAUCAACCGGCCGAAUCACCCGAUCAGUACUGCAGCACGGAUAGUACAGUAUCCGAAGAUACGAGCAUCACCACGCAGACUACUCAGACGCAGAUAUUCAGCCAAAAUAGCAAAGGAAUUAUCGACGCACUGAAGAGUCGCAUCGAAUCACAGCAGCGGCGAAUUAUCGCCAUGGAGCUCGAUCGAAAGGGUUCCAACACCGUCACACACGAGUUGGAGAAGAUGCAGGAGAAGCUAUGCAAUCUAGAAUCCCAAAAUGUCCGGUUGGAGGCAAAAACGCUACAACUUCAGCUCGACAACGACAUGCUGCGGCAGAGUGACGAGUCAGAUCGUUUAAGGCGACAAAUUAAACACCUAGAAGAGUAUGUCAUAGUACUGAAAGAAGAACUUUCGAAGGCAACGGUCGGUUGUGCGGAGUCGAUAAACUUUGAAAACCUCUGCGUGCGAUGCAGCCGUCGCAGCGGUCAGAACGAUUUGGCCGAACGUAACGCCAACCUCGAACAAACGGUACUAACUCUCAAGCGCAUGAUCGAGAAAUUGCGCGUCGAAAAUAAACACCUAAAAGAUCACCGGGCACGGGAGCGAUCAGGUGGCAGCGCCGACACAACACCGACCCACACAGUCCAUGAAACGAUCGCCAAGGAGCUGUAUGAUCGUCUCAAAAAGGAGCACGAAAAGCUACAGCAAAGUAAUGGGGAUCUACUGAACAAAGUUUCGGUACUGCAGGUUGAAAUAGAACUGCUUUCGAGUGUCAGUUGUACGCGCUGUAAGGUGCGUUGCGAUGGUGCAGGAGAACCAACCACCGCGACGUCUGCGAUGAAUGUCGAAGAAAAUGCGGUACAGGAAGAGUUGCGGGAUAAGCUAGAGAAGAAAAGUCAGCUUCUGGAGAAGGCAAAGAUUUUGUUACAGCGGGCGGCGGCCAAGGAACGUUACCUGAAGGAACAGAUAGAUUUACUGCGCCGUAAGUGUUCCGAUCUGCAGAACGUACCGGUGAUAGAUGAAAUAAGUGAGUGAAGUUUUGACAAGAUUUGGCUUUCCAUCCAUUUAUGACAGUGCUCGGUAGCUUAAUGUCGAUAUAUAAGUUAGG